AUGACACACAAGAUACUUAUCAUAGGAGCUGGUGAACUUGGUCUCUCCCUAAUCCGAUCAUUCACCUCUCACCCCUCCAAACCCUCCGUAUCGGUCUUACUCCGGCCUUCAUCCAAGACCGACCUCUCCUCCUAUCCAGUGAACAUCAUCCAUGGCGAUAUUUCCGGCCCAAUCUCAGAAGUAUCACCGCUGUUGAAGGGCCACGACGUAGUAAUCUCAGCGACGGGAUUCGCAGGUGGUCCAGGAUCUCAAAUUGGUCUAGCUAAAGCUGCAUUGGAAGCAGGUGUGAAACAUUACUUCCCAUGGCAGUUCGGUGUAGAUUACGAUACGAUAGGGAGAGGCUCUAGUCAACCGUUGUUUGAUGAACAAUUGGAGGUGAGGGAUUUACUGAGAUCACAGGAUAAGACAAAAUGGACAAUCGUAUCUACUGGGUUGUUCACAAGUUUCUUAUUCCACCCUUCCUUCGGCGUCGUCAACCUCGACCCCGAUGACAGACACGCAACGGUCAAUGCGUUGGGUGGAUGGUCAAAUGGAAUAACAAUAACUUCUGCAGAAGAUAUUGGUCGUGUCACUUCUAAGAUCGUACUUGACAAUCCAGAGGAUAUACCUCAGGGAGUGGUAUUCAUAGCAGGUGAUACAAUCACUUUUGAAGAUGUGUACAAACAAGUCAAAAGGGUAGGAUGGAAGGUGGAUAAGAAAGUAACGACGGUAGAAGAGCUGGAAGAGAAGAGAAAGGCAGAUCCAGAAGAUCUAGGACCGAAAUACGGGCUGAUAUGGGCCAGAAAUGUUGGAGUCAGUUGGGAUAUCAAAGAUACGUGGAAUGCCAAGAAGGGUGUGGAGACGGAGAGUCUAGGUGAAUGGGUGGAUAAGAACUUGCCAAAGCCAUAA